CUUCUGAGAAUUUCUAAUUUAUAUAGUUGAAUGAUGGAUGUUGAGGUUUCUCAUAAGCCAAAAUUAUGUGGUAGUGGUGCUGAUGAUGGGAACUUACUUGUUUCUUAUGAAGACUUUGAAUUUGAAGAUGAUAAUGAUAAUGAUAAUGAUGAUAUUCUUUUGUCGACAAUGUUAUCCCGGAUUAAGAAGAAGCCUGCUACUCCAAGGCUAGUUAAAAGGUUGCUUGAUAAUAGCAAUAGCAAUUCCUUGCAUAUUUCUGUUAAGAAAUCAAAGGUGUCACCAUAUGAUGAUCGACACAAAGAUGAAGAUGAUAUUCGUUUGUCGGAUAUAAUUAAAAGGCCAGGCAAAUCAACUGAUAAACCAUUUUCCUCGCUGAAGAAAGACAUUGCGUCGUUAGAAAAAUCAUUUGAGAAAUUCAAAAGGAAGAAGCAAGUAGGAGAGAAGAGAUUGCAGUCCAUACAGAGAGACAUUGAGGAGUGCUCCAGAGAGCUUGAAAAUAAGAAAAAUCAAGUAAAGGAGCUGGUAUCAAAACAGAACCAUUUUGAAUGCCGAAUGAAGCAGCUUGAGUCAAAAGAGAAGCAACAUGAAGGCCGUGUGAAGGAGCAUGAAGCAAAAGAGAGAGAAUUUGAAGGCCUGCUGAAGGACUUGGAAUCUAAAAAGAAGCAUUUUGAAAGCCAAGUGGAAGAGCUCAAGUCAAAAGAGAGGCAAUUAAAAGGACAAGUUAUGGAACUUCAAUCUAAAACGAAGCAAUUUGAUGGUCGGGUGAAGGAGUUUGAAUCAAUCGAGAAUGAAUUUGAAGGCCAGGUGAAGGAGCUACAAUCAGAAAAGAAUCAUUUUAAGAGUCAAGUGAUGGAGCUUGAAUCAAAGGAGGAGGAAUUCAAAUGUCGAGUUAAGGAGCUCGAAUCAACAAAGAAGCUUUUUGAAAGCCAAGUUGAGGACUUGAAAUCAAAAGAGAAGCAAUUUGAAAGACGAUGGAAAGAACUUGAGAUAAAAGAGAAUAAUUUCAAAGUAAAGGUGAAGGAGCUCAAUUUAAAAGAGAAGUGGUUCGAUGGACAACAGAGGGAACCUGAGUCAAGGACAAAAUAUAUUGAUGGGGAAAAAAAAUCAGUUGUAUUUGGUAGAACAAGUUUGCAGUUGGACACAAGUGAGAAAACUGAUCGAUUUGAGCCACUUUACAGUGGUAUUUUAGUUGAUAUACGAGAAUCAUCAGAUCCAUCAAGACAUGUUUUGGAGAUGAUACAGAACCCCAUUAUUCCACUGUGUAAGAAGAGAGACAGUGUUGUGACUAUCGCUGAUUACCGGAUCUAUCUGCUAGAACAACUUAUGAGAAUUUCACCAAUUAUUAAACCUUGUGUAAGAGAAGAAGCAUUGAAGCUAGCACUUGAUAUGAAAGCUAAAAUGAAAGAAAAUACUGAAAAUUCAUUGGAGGUUCUUGGUUUUUUGAUGCUUUUGUCAAUUUAUGGAUUGGUUGAUUCUUUCAAUGAAGAUGAAGUAUUGGAGCUUUUUGCAUUUGUUGCUCAGCACAAGAUUGCUGUGGAGCUGUUUGGAACCCUUGGUUUUGCAAAUAAAGCUUCCGAUUUUGUUGAGAAGAAUCUUAUUAGGAAAAAGCAAUUUGUUGGAGCUGUUAGAUUCAGCUGUGCAUAUAACUUGAAUGUCAAGAAUAAAUUAGUUGAUAUGUUGCGAGAACACGUCCAGAAUGCCAAACUGAUUUGUGACAGCAGAUGUGAGAAAACCAACUCCAUUGAAAUCAAGAUUGUAGAGAUGAGGGUACACAUGGAUUGCCCUGGAUGUGAAAACAAAGUGAAAACUGCACUUCAAAAAAUGAAAGGUGUGGAUAACAUUGAAAUAGACAUGAAGUUACAAAAAGUGACUGUGAAUGGAUACCCCGAUCAAAAGAAGGUUCUAAAAAGGGUUCGAAAAACCGGACUUAGGGCUGAGUUGUGGCAGCUUCCUCACACAGCGGAGUCUCAAAACCAAUAUCAUCAACAACAUCUAAUCAAUGGCCCUGUCCCCUAUUAUGCUUCACAACCUUCCUCUUCUUAUAACUACUAUAAGCAUGGUUAUGAUAGUAGUGAUCCUAGCUAUUAUCACUAUCCUUCUCAAUCUUCAAUCUUUGGCCAUCAAACUGGUGCUACUUUUAGUGAUGACAAUCCUCAUGCAGCUUGUUCUAUUAUGUGAUCAUUUCAUGGUCAAACCAAUAAAAAAUUUAUGCACAUUUUAAUAUAAAGUAUAAAUUUUGUCUAAUGUGUAUAAAUAAAAUAGUUUUACAUCAUCAUGUACAAGUACAAAUAUGUUUUUUAUCAUUUGAUCAAUAAGUCUUAUCAUAACUCAUAUGAUUUAAUAAUGAGAUUUAUUAAUCAAAUAGAGAAAAAUAAUUUGUAUAUGAUGUAAAUUAAACUUCUCUAAUUUGUACACCAUAGAAUUGGAAGUAAACAAGUAUGUACCUUUUCUUUUUUUCCUUUGGUACUAUCACUAUGUAUUCAUGCAUCUUCCUAUGUGAUCUUUUUCCUCUUACACAACUUAA